AUUUUACAUUGUAACUCCACCGUCCACAGAGAAAAGUAAAUUAUGGAGGAGAACACAAGGAAUCCUAAUUCCUAUCAAGGCGGUGAAGAUGAGGAAAACAAGCAAUCUAACGAUGCAAGUUUAAAUACUGCAGAGCAAUUUUUUCAAGGUCUGUUCCGGAGUAGUAACUCCAUGAACCGAAGCGGUGAGCAAAAUCGACCGGCAAUCAAUCAGUCAGCAGCCGAAACAGAGCCGACUAGGCAACAACAUUCAGGUCAACCUCAACCCGCAGAUAUAUCUUCUGUAGAUUCUCAUUCAAGAAGAAAUACUGCGGAAAUUACUGCAGCUGACCGUCUGGCGAGAAAAAGAAAGCACGACAAAGCAUAUAGGGAGAAAAUCAAGGAAAACCAAAAGCGAAUGAAGGUCGACCUGGAGGCAGUUCAAGCCGAAAAUGAAUCCCUAAAAAGGGAAAAAGAAACUCUAUUAAAGGAACUUGACAAAUUGAAGAAGUACAAGAAGCAACAUAAUUUGACAACAGUUGAGGAUGAAAAUGAACCUCUAAGGCAAGAAAACGUUUCGGUGAACAAGAAGUUUGAAAGUCAAAUAAGGGAACUUGACGAAUUGAAGAAGUACAAGAAGCAACAGGAAAAUGAACAACAAAUGAAGUUCAACAUGCAGACACUUGAGAUUGAAAAUGAUAAAUUGAAGAAGAAGUACAAGAAGCAACAUGUAAGUUUUGCCCCUUAACUAAGGAACGAGAAACUUAGGAACUGUUCGGUAUUUUUUUAAGUUAAAUAUCAUUUUUAUUCUUUAAAAUUAAAAUGUGCAUAUAUUA